AUGAAAGUUUGUUGCAGACCAGGUCUGUUUGCAAAAAAUGUUGUCAACAUGGCACAGGAGUUUGAAGCAAGUGGAAAAAAUCUGCAGUCAUUGCACUCAGGCCCAAUCCUGUCUUUCAUCAAGAAUGGACACACAUUUGUUAAACCCUCUUCUGUUAUUCCACACAAAGGAACUGGAACUUAUUUUACAAAUGCUGGAAUGAACCAAUUUAAACCUUUAUUCCUUGAUUCUAUGGAUGAGAAUUAUGUAUACAAAAAAGUGGCCAACAGCCAGAAAUGUAUUCGUGUUGGUGGCAAACACAAUGACUUGAAAGAUGUUGGAAAUGAUCUUUAUCAUCAUACUUUCUUUGAGAUGCUUGGCAACUGGUCCUUUGGAGAUUAUUUUAAGAGGGAUGCCUGUGAAUUAGCUCUCCACUUACUUGUGGAUCGAUUCCGGCUCCCAUUGGACCGUCUCUACUUCACAUAUUUCUCAGGAGAUGAAAAAUCUGGCUUACAGCCAGAUUUGGAGACACGAAAGAUUUGGCAAGAACUAAAUAUUCCAUCGGAGAAAAUUUUGCCUUUUUCAUCAAAGGACAAUUUUUGGGAUAUGGGCCUGACAGGACCAUGUGGACCUUGUACUGAGAUCCACUAUGACCAUAUUGGUCAUCGUAAUGCAGCUCCAUUAGUCAACACUGGAUCUCCUGAUGUUAUAGAAAUAUGGAAUUUGGUUUUUAUACAGUAUGAUCGGUUGGCUGAUCAAUCAUUAAAAGAACUUCCUCGGCAUCAUGUGGACACUGGCAUGGGACUUGAAAGACUGGUUGCUGUUCUUAGAGGUUCAUAUGAUAAUUACUCUACUGAUCUCUUCCAAGGACUUUUCAACACUAUUCAAAAAGUCACUGGAGCACGUCCCUACAAUGGGUGUAUUGGAGAGGCUGAUGUAAACGGCAUUGACAAAGCUUAUCGUAUUAUUGCUGAUCACUCUCGUAUGUGCACAGUUGCCAUUGCAGAUGGAUUGUUACCCAGCAGAGAUGGACUUGGACACAAAUUGCGCCAGGUUAUUCAUCACAGUUUGCACCAGGCACACUCUGUCCUUCAUGCACCAAAAGGGAUGAUGCAGUUACUGGUUGAUGAUGUUGCUGAAUCAUUGGCGGAAACCUUUCCUGAAUGUUUCACAAAUAUCCAGCUCAUCAAAGAUGUACUCAACCAAACAGAAGUGAAAUACUUAGAAAUGUUACAAGAUGGUUAUCAAUCUUUUGAUAAACUAAUGAACAAAAUUGGAUCAGAUAAAUUAUUACCCGAACAUCUUUUGCAAGUUGCUGAAGGUCAGUUUGGAAGGUGUGUACCUUUGGAUAUUUUAUGCAACAUUGCCCUGGAGAGAGGACAUAGCAUUGACGUAGAGACCCUGAUGGACAACUACAUCAAAGAACAGCAGCAGAUCAGCUCUGCAGAAUCUGUCAUUGUCAAAGACAAAGAUGUCAUCAAACAUGAUUUAACGAUAUUGCUGAAAGAUCGGGUAAUCAAAAGAACUGAUGAUCAUUUUAAAUAUCUCUACAAAAGAAAUGAAAAUGGAUAUGAGUUUAUCUCUUCCAUACCAGACAGUAAUGUUUUGUGUUUGCUGCAUGAUGGCCAACUGAGUGACAGCAUUAAUACAGGUGAGAAAGGCAGUCUGGUAUUGGACAAAACUUGUUUCUAUGCUGAAGGAGGAGGUCAGCAGCCAGAUAAAGGGUACAUUCUGGGACAGAAUGGUAAAUUCUGUGUGCUUGAUGUCCAGUCAUGCAAUGGUUAUGUGUUACAUAAUGGAUUUGUUGAAGAAGGAAGCAUCAACUGCCAAGAGAGAGUGAAACUUGUUUUGGAUGAGGAGGUGAGAAAAGCUUGCAUGGCCAACCACACUGCAACCCAUUUACUAAACUGGGGUCUCCAGAAAUUAUUAGGCACACAAGUCACCCAACUUGGCUCCUGUGUGCAAGAAGACCAGUUAACUUUUGAUUUUUCCUGCUUUGAAGAAUUAAGUCUGGAUCACUUGUCUGAGUUGGAAGAGAUAAUCAGGCUGAGCAUCAAGCAAGGAAUUCCUGUCUACAGAUCAGAGAUGAAUAUCACAGAAGCAUUGAAGAUUAAGGGUCUGACCAUGGUACCUCAUGAAACUUACCCAGAAUAUGUAUAUGUAGUCAGCAUUGGUCAUCCUGUUGAUCAGUUAUUGGCUGAUCCAGAUUCCGCUGAGAGAAAUUUAUCGUUGGAACUCUGUGCUGGAACUCAUGUUCAUUGUACAUCUGACAUUGGUCAGUUUGUUGUAGUAAAAUCCUCUGGAGUGGCUCAAAAUACCAAACGUGUGACUUGUGUGACAGGACCAAAAGCCCAAAGUGCACUUACCAAUCUUGAAGAGGUGAAAGAACUUUAUGCCAGUCUGGAGGCAGCAAUUUCUGCUAAGAAAGAUCUGGCCAACAUGGAAGUCAUGGUUAAGAAUUUAUAUAAGAUGCUGAAGGACAGUAUUCUCCCAAAAGCUGAUCGGGAGAAAACAAAGCGAAACCUGAUUGUUCUACAUGAGAAAGUUCGUAAACUGAAGAACAUCAGUAUCAGCACAACUUUGGCUCAUUCCAUGUCUGAAAAAUUAAAACAAGUUGGGCGACCAGAUUACCUUGUCACACUUUUACCUUUUGAUGGACCAAGGCAGAUGCGAAAAGCAUUGCGUCUUUUUGAACUUCCUUGUCCAGCUGUGAUUGUAUCCAAAAGAGACCGGGAUAUACUGGCAGCUGUUGUAACACCUCAGGAUUGGGAAGGUGCCGUAAGUGUGACUGAUAUUGGUAACCAUCUUAGCCAUACUUUUGGAGGUCAUUUGAAAGAAAGCAAACCGCAGAAACAAGGUGACCCUCCUCUUGUGUUUUUGUACGUGUGUAUCUAUCUAUCUAUCUAUCUAUCUAUCUAUCUAUCUAUCUAUCUAUCUACAGACAUUUUUUUAUACAUCACAUACAUCAUUAUCUAUCUAUCUAUCUAUCUAUCUAUCUAUCUAUCUAUCUAUCUAUCUAUCUAUCUCAGCCUGUUCAUAUCUAUCUAUCUAUCUAUCUAUCUAUCUAUCUAUCUAUCUAUCUAUCUAUCUCAGCCUGUUCAUAUCUAUCUAUCUAUCUAUCUAUCUAUCUAUCUAUCUAUCUAUCUAUCUAUGCUUACAGCUACAUCACGUUAG